AUGGAGAAACAAGCGGAGGCCCCGACACCGGACCUGGAGGCCAGUCCCUCUUCGGAGAUGCGCAAUACGUCAACAAUCACGCGCCGAUGGAAGCAAGAGUUGAACCCCAGCCAUGCUGAUCUGGUUUGUUUGCUCCUCUGUUUCUUGACUGGUCUGUGCGACAGCAGUGCCUAUAAUGCGUGGUCCUGCUUCCUGGGAAUGCAGACGGGUAACACCAUUUUCCUUGGUCUCGGUGCAUCCAAUCAGCCAACCAGUAAGCCAUGGGGCUGGCUCAAGUCCCUCGUCUCCAUCGCCUCCUUCUUCUCCGGCGCAAUGAUCUUCUCCAUCUCCAUGCGCUCGGUCGGCUCCCUCCGCCGCGGUACCCUUUUUGUGUCCUUCCUCGUGCAGACAGCCCUCAUCAUCAUCGCCGUCGCUCUCAUCCAAGCCGAUCUCAUCCCACACAGUUCGAAUGAUUCGUCCCUGGAUGGUGGACCCCUGUUCCUAGAGCUCAUCCCCAUUGGACUGCUGGCUUUCCAGUCCGCCGGUGGGAUGACUUGUAGUCGCGCGCUGGGAUACAACGAGAUCCCGACGGUCGUUCUUACAAGCGUCUACUUCGAUAUCGCGUCCGACGCAAAGAUCCUCCAGAAGCCGACCGACAAUGUCAAGCGCAAUCGCCGUAUCGGAGGUGUGGUGUUCUUGCUCAUCGGUGCCAUCGUGGGUGGCUGGUUGAGUCGCAGCAGCGGCGGUAUGGAGUCUGCGCUGUGGAUGGCAGCCGGGUUGAAGCUCGUUGCGGCCUUCGGUUGGUUGUUCUGGAAGGCCAAAUAA